AUGCAAAAGGCAAUGAAAAGCGCAGAAUAUAUAAAAGCUAACAAUGACUGGUUAGAUGCCCAAGCCAACGCUAAAGCAGCCCAACUCAUAGGGUCAAUAAGGACAAAAAUACAAGCGGAUGAAGACAGUUCAAAUGAAGCUUUAACGAAUGCUGACUUUAAGAACGCCUUCGAAGCUCUUCAUAGUAAGGUGAAACAAGUGAACGACUUCUCAUCUGGAAAGAAACUGAAGUCUGAAGGUUUCGACAAAGAGUUAAGAGAAGUAGCACAAAAUAUGACGAAAAUAACAGAUGCAGCAACGAGACAGGCAGUUCAAAGUGCCUAUGACGCCGUUAGAGCAACUGUUGUGAAAAGUCAAGAAAAAGAGUUACAACAGACCAAAACAGACCUAGUAAAUGCUUUCUUAAGAACGAAAAGUCAGGUAGGACAUUACGCUGCAGAUGGAACAUAUGUGCCAGCUAGUGGAACUUAUAUACCACCAAACCCUCCAAGAGAAGCACCUGCACCAGGACUACCUAAAACAUUUACAUCGUCACAUGGACACAGACACAGGCAUGCACCAAAACCAACACAACAACCAACACAACAACCAACAGUUCAAAAUCCAGCACCACAACAACAACCAACACAACAACCAGCACAACAACAACCACAAACAGAGCAAGGACAUAAAAGAAGUAGAGAACAAGGAAACCAAGAAUUCUUAAAAAUGCUUAAAGAAGAGUGUGGUUUCCCAGAUACUGUUGACUUUAGUGACAGAUAUAAAGAAGCUAUUGGAAAGUUCAAGGAUGGAAAUACUGACCCGAACCUAUUUAGCUUUAUGGCUCAGCACCAAAACGGAUAUAAUCUCAAACCUGGAAAAUACAAGCUCGCUAAGGGAUAUGAUUUAAUAGCAUAUCAUCCAAAUGACAUGGAUGAAUUUACUCCGAGAUAUUUGAUGUCAGAGCUAAAUGACAAUUCAACUUUCGUCAUGAAACGCGUAAAAAAUAGAGACGGAACGAAAGAACAAAAGCUUAUGAAUGCGGAUGACGUAGAUAGGGAAAUUGUUAAAAACGGUCUCGGAAUAUAUGAAAUGCCAGCAGAUGAGGUACAAGAAACUCCACAGGAAGAAAUAGUUCAGAUACAACCAGACAUGGAAGAAAUAGUUCAGCAACAACAGCUAGAAGAGCCUGAAGGAAACGAACAAGUCACUCCUUUGGAAACUAACUUCACAGAACUAGAUGAAGAUUUGGAACAGCCGAAAAAUCUUGACCCUCAACAAGAGCA